CGUCCCACAAAUCUCAACAAGUCAUCUCGCGUCAGCCGGCGCGCGCAGCUGCAAGCUGCCGCCAGCGAUCUGAACGUCAACCGAAAGUUCCCCAACUCGAACAUUCAAGAUCCAUUGUGCGCAAGGGCAAUGUCAUCAGCAAACUCCUUGGGACUCUCGACAUCAUGACGUGGCUGACCCUCCGACCGGCCGCCUUCGCGCGGGCGUCCGCGGGCCUGACUUGCCGGCCGGGUCUGCGGCCCUAUUCGGCCGCCGCCGGCCCCGGCGUCUCGGACCCGCUCCGGAUCCUCUUCUGCGGCUCCGACGACUUCAGCUGCGCGGCGUUGGACGCGCUCAACGCAGAGAAGGAGCGGAACCCCGGGCUCAUCGAGUCGCUCGACGUUGUCGUUCGACCGGGCAAGCUGUCGGGAAGAGGGAUGAAGAAGAUCCGCGAGGUGCCAUUGAAGAAACUAGCUGAGAAGCUUGAGUUGCCUAUCCAUGAGAGGGACACAUUUACCGGGUGGCAGCCACGUAACGACAUUAACCUCAUUGUCGCUGUCUCCUUUGGCCUCUUCGUGCCGCCACGACUACUGAACUUGGCCAAAUACGGUGGACUCAACGUCCAUCCGUCCCUUCUCCCAGACUUCCGCGGCCCUGCGCCACUUCAACACACCCUCCUCCAGCGUCGUACCCACACGGGCAUAACCCUCCAAACCCUCCACCAUAACGCAUUCGACCACGGCACCGUUCUCUCCCAGACGCCACUCCCCGGCAUUCCGGUCCCAGCGGACUGCACCACGCAACGCUUGCACGACAUCGUAACCCCGCUCGCCGCCGAGAUGCUCGUCGACGGCCUGCGGAAGGGACUGCACAUUCCCCCAGUGAAAGACGUCGGCUGGCAGCCCAACGAAGAGGAACGGAAGCAGCUCAGCCACGCGCCUAAGGUGACGAACCACGACCGCCAAAUGAACUGGCCCAAAUGGGCCGCCGACGACGUCGUGUUGCGUCAGCGCGUGCUGGGGCCAGUUUGGUGCUCGGCGUACCACCACGGCAGCCGGAAAAUCAUGAGGCUCAAGUUUGGCGACGCCGAGGUUGUCGAGCGUUCCGACCGGAUCAACCAGUACUGCCGACGACGCUCCCUCCGCAAGAGGGGUGAGCUUCCUGCCGAGGAUUAUCCCGGGGAGGACCAAGACGUUGAGAUGAUUUCCUGGGUCUGGCAGCCGGAAGAGAAAGCGCAGGACCGCGAGUCGUGGAUGGCCUGCUGCACCCCUUUCUUUGAGCACGAGGACGGGAAAAGCAUCCUGAUACCCACUGCGGGUGGCAGUUGCCUCAAGCUGUUGACUAUCACCGUAGAAGGUUCUCGGUCUAAGCCUGCAGUCACAGCGGUCAGUGGUUUCGGCAAAGUCGUCAGAGACGAAGACGACGACGGCAACAGACCAGACAGCUUAGGCGAUGUCUGGGGACCAUCAAUAGCUGGGGACCUCGUGUUUUCCAUUAUCGAUCCCUAAAAGGAUUCGAGUAGGUUUGGAUCAGUGUUGCUGUAUACUAUCAACGGGUGCGAUAUUAGGGGGUAGUAUCCCAGCGUAACACCUGCCAAACGCUAGUGUAUCAAAUAGUGUAUAUUACAAAGACACUUCUCUUGGGAUUGGGGUUCAAACAACCAUAUUAUCAUGGUAGUAUCCGGAAGUAUGGUACUUCGAUGGCUUCUCAGUUCCUAGCCCCGGCUAUUGUGUGCUUCUCUCCAAAAACGGGUUUAGCCAACCGCAAUGCUUGUCCAGUAAAUCCAGAUUCGGCC